AUGGCGCAAGCCCUCUCGCUGGCAGCCAGGGGAGAAACACGCGACACCGUUCAAGACGUCCUCCAAGCCUGCCUCAGAAGCUCUCUCCGGAGAAAGGCAGUCAAAGUCCAGGCUUACCUGCUCGACAAUGGUGCAGACGUCAGUGACGUGUACUCCGGGUCGCUCUUCAAUGACGAAGAUGCACUCGCCAAGCCUUCACUCGAGGCGAUUGAGAUGCUCAUCGCUCACGGCUGGGAUAUUGAUUCCCGGCCAUCUCGUAUAGCCUGGCCAUUGCUGUGGUCCGUGGUACGGUAUCACGAUCUUGUUGAGUGGUGCCUCGAUCACGGAGCCAGCGUAUAUCUGCCUGGCGACACUCCACCACGAGAUGCCAGGGGCGUAGGCCAAGUCCCACGCAUAACUCUGCUUGAGGCUGCUGCGAAGAGUGGUUCGGUCCCGACAUUCAAGCUACUGCGAGAGAAGGGCGCACCUUUCCACGUAGGCGUGCUACAUUUUGCCGUUGAACACGCUACUUACCUCGCACCACCUUACAAUGGCUCUGCCGACCCCUCUACCAGCAAUGUCUGGUUCAAUGAGCGCAUGGACAUGGUACGAUACCUUGUAGAUGAGGUUGGGAUCGACGUGAAGACGGAAUGGUGGUGGCCAGGUCUAAUCGGCGCUACGCCAUUAGACAGGGUGGCUUAUCACAGCGGCGACAGCAAGGAUGUGAGAGAGUUGGUCUGGUUCUUGCUGGAUCGCGGUGCCGACCUAAACCAUGCGUCGUUUUGUCAAGAUGAUCAUUUUGGUGAUAUUUCAUAUCUCAGUCCACUUGAGAUGGCUCAAACGAGACCCAGGAAGCGCUUUCUAGAGGCUGUUCAAGAGUGGCAGGAACGACAAGAGAAACCUGCAUCACAUGGGUCGGGCGUUGCAGUCGGCGUAGGCAAGUAGUUCAAGUUGCAGUCAGAGAGUGGCAGCUCACUCCUUUGCCCCAAACACUAGCGAACUGAUGCCCGCAAUGGUCAAGGCACCUUCAAGAACACUCGUGCCUAUGGUGGUAGUCAAGGUUGUCGUCUUCGCAAUGUACACCGUGCUUACAGCUGGCGAAUAGUUCUUACUGCUGCCGCUGCUACCGCUCUUUACUGCUAGAGCUAGGCAAAGAGCCGGAGCCGGGAGAUGAGCAGGCACCCCCAUCUUGGCGCUUUUGGCUGACUGAAGACGAUCCCGUUUGGCUAUAAUCAGGCUAGCAAGCGAGAACACAUUGACAUUAAACGUAUAUUGAUGCAAGCUUGAAGACUAUGCGAUGACUUACUCCGGCAAGGCCCCAGCACAGGGUGGCCCGAAGAGUCAUGUGUGUAGGUCGCAACAGAGGUGGUAGACCAAGAGACUCCU